AUUAACCAGUCUGUCUAAUUCUUUCUCACCCCACACCCUUCCAAUUCCAGUUCAAAACAUUCAGUGAUCAAUCAGUAUUGUUUCAACCACUUCAACUUUACUAUUCCCUCUUGGUUUUCUCCCUAUAACACACAUCUCUUCCCCAUCUUAAAAAAAUAUUAGAAUGUUUGUGUUCUCCAUGUUUGCAUUCCUCCUUUCCAUUCCAAACUACUAUUGACAUGGCAGCUGUUUUGUAUCCGGCCCUUUUUAUGUAAAAAUGUUGUGGUAACAGAAAAAAGGACCUGGAAGGCAGAACUGUCACCUCUAAUGAGACGACAUCAGAGACCACAUGAAAUGAUUCAAAUGAUUCAUACUGAUUCAAUGCUGCUUCUGCAGCAAAAGACAGAAAUGAUCCUCAUUGGAGAAUAGAUCAAGAUAUUAUACCAGGAAUUACUAAAAUGUUCAGUAUGUAUUUAUUAUCUAGCUAGCCAACUAUGUAGAUACAAUGCCAUCUUUUCAAUGAAACACCUAUUUGUUUUAAUUAAACAAAUUUACAUAUAUCCCACCUCCCAAAAAAUUGAUGAAGGAUCCUCACCAGUAGCAAGAGAGGUCCACUGAUGCCAUGUUGAGUAUUCAGGACCUACACCUAAGUCUUCAGUAAUCUUAACUUUGUUUAAUACCAUAGAUUUUAAAAAAUCCAGCAGCAGUUAAUCAAGGAAUUGUGAUGGACAGCAAAAAGAUAAUGGGGGAGGAACACCAACUUCAAGAAGCUGGAAAUGAAUCGGUGACUACACAACCAGAGUCAUGGAAGAUCCAUUAUGAGAAGUCAUGGCUCCACCAAAAUUGCUCUUCAUUGUUACACUGUGACAAGCAGGCCCAGAAAACUGGGCAGCUCUUCUCUGGACUUCUAGCCAUGAAUGUAGUGUUUCUUGGCAGUGCAUUCAUAUGUAGUAUGAUUUUCAACAAAGUAGCCAUUACCAUGAGAGAAGUCUCGAUUUUCCUAUGCAUCCUCAAGAUCCUAUCCUUGAGCUGGAUAACAUAUUAUGUAUUGUUCACUAGAAGGAAACCAUCUGCCAUCUUGUAUCAGGAUGCCCAUGCAGGGGCUAUUUGGAUUAGAGGGUCUUUAAUAUUGUUCGGAGCAUGCAGCGUUGCCUUGCCUAGUUUCCUGAUUGGGUAUGACCUUGUCCAUAUUCAGAGCAAAUCGCAAAUGGAAAUCUUGUUCCCAUCCAUAGAAAUACUCUUCAUCUGCAUUCAGACCUACUUUAUAUGGUGUCAUGCGAAAGACUGUAUCCAGGUUCAGCACAACCUCACCAGGUGUGGGCUAAUGCUGACCUUGGCCACUAAUCUCCUGCUAUGGUUUUUAGCAGUGACCAAUGAUACAGUUCACAGACAAAUUGAAUCAGAAUUUAACCAGUCUCUGCAAAAAGAUGAAGGUAAUAUGACGUAUUCCUGCAAGGACUCAAACGCGACCAUCUGCAAAAUCUUCCAAAAAGGAUAUAUUUUGUUAUACCCCUUCAACACAGAAUAUUGUUUGAUCUGUUGCGCCAUGCUCUAUGUCAUGUGGAAGAAUGUGGGCCGGCGCAUAACUCAGAACCACACCUCUGGAACCCAGCCUAGAUUCAAACUCCAUGGCAUCAUUUGGGGACCUUUGCUUGGUAUCGCUGCAAUAAUUAUAGGUAUUUGCAUUUUCAUGAUCUAUCAAAUUCAAGUUACCAGUUCUUUCCCUAGUCGUAUGUCAUUCAUACUUUAUUAUUCCUACUACAUUUGUUUAUUGCCUGUAAUGACUGUGGGGGCUUUGGUUGGAACUGUUAUCCAUGCCUUAGAAGAAAGAGAGAUGGAUACUCUGAAAAAUCCAACCAGAAGCCUUGAUGUCAUCUUGCUCAUGGGAACAGCCUUAGGCCAAAUUGCCAUCUCAUAUUUUUCCAUUGUAGCCAUUGUGGCCAGCCAUCCAAUAAGCAUGUUGAACAGUAUCAUUUUAGCCUAUUCAAUAAGCCUCAUCAUUCAAUACAUUUCCCAGAAUAUCUUCAUCAUUGAGGGGCUUCACAGGCAACCACUACUGAUGAGUGAGGACUCUCAACUUGCUGCACAUUCCACCCAAGGGCCUCCCUCCACCCAAAUUCUGCCUAAUGAAGAUAGGGUUCUGUCUCAUCUCUGUGAAGAGCCUGCCCCAUCCCCUGCCAAUCAGGAGACAAGCAAAAGUGAAAGAGAGAAAUGUGAAGGCAGCUCCCCAAACAUGGAUAACCUAGAGACAAGACAGGAAAAUCAGAGUGUUUCGUGGACUUACAUCAAGGCCUACAGGCAUCUGAACUGGAAAAGAAGAGCUCUGAAGGAGAUCUCCAGCUUCCUGAUCAUGUGCAAUAUCAUUCUGUGGAUUAUGCCAUCAUUUGGAGCACAUCCAGAGUUUGAGAAUGGAAUAGAGAAGUCAUUUUAUGGCUACUCCACCUGGUUUGCCAUUGUCAACUUUGGGCUUCCAUUGGGUGUGUUCUACAGAAUGCAUUCUGUUGGAGAUCUUCUGGAGGUGUAUCGCUCUGCCUGAAGCAAAUCUAAGUUUUCUCAUAUUGCUGUUUUUAUUCUGCUAGAAAUGCAAUGACGAAAAGUGCAUUUUACGACCAGUAAUAAAAUGAGUAAAAUUAUGAAAAUUUCACAUUAGAGAAAUUUGUGAUAUCAUCUUGAAUAAUAUUUUAAUCAGAAAGAAUAAUCUGAUCUUUUCAGUAAGUAGUCCAUUAACCACUGAAAGGUCAUUUCUCCAUAAUAGCUCUUAAUAGGAUUGACUUGUUCUGUACACAUUACUUAGAAAACCUAAUUACAGUGAUGCUGAACAAUUAUUAACCUUAAGAAUAUAUGACUAAUGUCAAGUUUGAACGAGAGGUAAACUAGGUUUAGCAUGGCAAUCCCUUGGGUGAAACGGAAACUUUGUAUGACUGCAUCAAUCCUUGGAUGUGGCUGAAUCAUUGAGAAGAGUCUGAGAAAUGGAUCACUUUUAAGUGAAGGACAUUUCUAUCAAUGCCUUUUGAAAUGGCAUGAAAACAUCGCAGGGUGGCAUCUAUUUACAUCUAUAAUCAAAACAUAGAAGAUUGUAUCCGUCAUGCAUAUGUGACAAUACAAGGCCAUUCAAGAUAUGUUUGUGACAAUCAGUCUUAUAUUUUGCAUCAAUGGAGGAAAUAAAGCACAAAAAGAGAAAAUGUAAUAUUUAGAAAGACUGAAACAUAAUUUUGAUAUUAAGCAGAUAAUAAAAUGUCUCAGAAUGCUGAUAUACUUUGGAACAAUUGAAAUUUAAUAAUUUGAUUUUUGAUUAAAUGAUAAAAAGUGUGGAAAAGGACAAGGACCUCUUCUUAUAAAUCAACAAGCAACUUUGUUCAGGAUACUACACUAUGCCAGCAGACUCAUCUACACUUGGAUAAUUGUACCCUGCAUUGGACAGCCUUUCUCAGAUGAUCCCCACACACCAUGAUAAAAUGAUUGCUUCUUCCAAGGCUGCCUUGUUAGACCAGGAUCAUAAAAAUUUUAAGUUAAGAUAGAUCAGACAUAGUCCUGUUUUCAUUAU